GUGGCGAAGAUGGCGGAUGGGGACAGUGGCAGUGAACGCGGUGGCAGCAGCGGCGGUGGAGGGGGAGGAGGAGGCGGCGGGUUUCAGCAUUACCAGCGGGAACCGGAGACCCAGGAGCUGGCCUCAAAGAGACUGGACAUUCAGAACAAACGGUUUUACCUGGAUGUAAAGCAGAACGCCAAAGGCCGGUUCAUCAAAAUCGCCGAGGUCGGCGCCGGGGGCUCGAAAAGUCGACUGACCCUUUCCAUGUCAGUUGCGGCGGAGUUUCGCGACUACCUGGGAGAUUUCAUAGAGCACUACGCCCAACUUGGGCCUAGCAGCCCGGAGCAGAUCGCUCAAUCCUCCGGCGGGGAUGACACCGGGCCUAGACGGGCCUUGAAAAGCGAGUUCCUGGUUCGAGAGAACCGAAAAUACUACCUCGACCUGAAGGAGAACCAGCGGGGGAGGUUUCUCCGGAUCCGGCAGACCGUUAACCGUGGGCCCGGAUUCGGAGUCGGGGGAGGCGGCAUUCCCGGGGGUGGCAUGCAGGCCGGACAGACCAUCGCCCUCCCAGCCCAGGGCUUAAUAGAGUUCCGCGACGCCUUGGCCAAGUUGAUAGAUGAUUACGGGGGAGAUGACGAGGAGCUGGCCGGCGGCGGAGGGGCCGGGGGCUAUAGCGAGCUUCCGGAGGGCACCUCGAUCAUGGUGGACUCCAAGCGGUUCUUCUUUGACGUGGGAUCUAACAAGUAUGGAGUUUUCCUGCGGGUGAGCGAAGUUAAGCCCAGUUACAGAAACUCUAUUACAAUCCCCUUCAAGGCGUGGAGCAAGUUUGGGGGCGCGUUCAGCCGCUACGCCGAGGAAAUGAAAGAGAUCCAGGAGAGACACAGGGAUAAAAUGUACGAGAGGAGAGCAGGAGAGGAGUCGGAGGGCGACGACGUGGACGACGAUUGAUCGAGCUCGGCUGCUUGUGAUCAAGCUGACAACAUGAUGCAAAGCCUGGAGAUACAGAGGAAAAGGAGAAAGAGAGAGUGAGAAAGAGAGGAACGACUAUUCUGUGCAUGACGAAUCGAACUUUAAAAUGCUAAAACAAUGGAGUAAAUAAAAAAAAAGUAUAUUUGACUGAGAAAUUACUGUCUAUAUAAGAGAAUCGUGUUCUAAAGUUUUAGGUGGAUGUUAUAGCUAAAACGAGUGCGGACUGCAGUAGUCAGCUCCUGUAUGAGAUUCCCCAUUGAUGAGAAAAAAAUAUAUAUACCUAUAUUGAUUGUCCAUUUGAUAACCUCACACAUGUAGCCCAGCAAAUUAAGUUUGACAGUGCUCAAGAAAACAGCAGUAGAUAACCAGUCCCACUUCCUGAUUGAUAUCCAAUGGUAAGAGCUCACCUGGACCUGACCUGUAGCCUGUAUGACAUAAGGAAGUGUGAAAAGUGUGAUGUAUUCAAACCGAGAGGUGUUGGACAGAGCACCUGCAUCGCUCACCAUGGCUGUGUGUGUGUUUUCGUCCAAGUGACCUGUAAGGUUAUAGCCCAGGAAGACCCACAACACCGGAGCCACUGUCUGAGCUAUAUGGGGAGACAGGGCAUCCUUGGCACUUGCGGGAUGUCCCCGCUCAGGCAAUCUAUCAAAAGCACACAACGUAUUUGGACCCUGAACGCCACCUGGUUCUAUCAAAGCAGGAUCGGCAUCCUUCAGGUGCCAGUGCCCCCUCCUCCCCCCUUGCUCUGGUAGCUGAAAUGCAGUGAUGUGCUCAGCACUCAUGUGGUUUGUUUGUGUCUCAGGGCUGGCAUGUCCCAUGCGAAUGGGUAUAUCAGCAUUGCCCAUGUCUGCACGCCAUCCUCAAGAGGUUUUGAGUCUAAAUCUGGUCAGAGAAGUCACUGCAGUCAAAGAGUCCGUGGCAACUGAUGAUGUUUCACAUGAUGUAGGCCCGAGUUUGCCCCUCAUCUAGGGCCAUGUUGAGUUAGGACGUCCAGCACUGGUCACCAUUUCCGAGUUGAUUAUCAAAGCUUAAUAUUGCCGGGCUUGAGCUACAGUCUCAAGGGGAAUAUUCUCCUUGAUGACUUAUUUAGGGUGCGCCAUUUGGAUCCUUUAAUCUUGAACUCAGACCAGUAAUGACUGAAGCAAUAUUCAGUCUGAUUGUAAAAAAAAUAAAAAAUAAAAAAAAAAAUAAAAUAGGUGCUUUUGAAAAACAAAAACCCACAGUGGGGUGCUGUACCUAAAGAAAAAAAAAGAAAAAAAUAUAUAUAUACUGGAAGAGAUUUACUUACUAAAAGAUCAAGUAUAGAUAGAAUUAUUUUUCAAAAGAGAUAUAUUGAAAUAUGUCUAAGAAAUAUGAGAAAUUUAUUAGAUAAUGCUGCCUAAAGUGGCUUAUUUAAAACACUAAACUUGGAUGCAAUUGUCCAGGGUGAUAUUUCAUACCUGCUUUUUUCCUAACAUUUCUUUUAUUCCUUAGAGGAAAUAAAGAGGAGUACAUAAAAAUUGAUAACACAGUAUAUUAUUAGCAAUUUCUAGAUACAACCUCAUUCAAAUUGUAUGUCAGCUAACACUCAGCACUCCAGGUCACUUUACAGCGCAUCAAGUUGUCCCCCUCGUCUCAAUCCACCCAUUUUACCAUGUUUUGUCAAAAAUUGGCUUUUCAUCAGUUGCCAUAUGACGCAAACAUGAACAUCUACAAUCAUCAACAUCAUGUCUUUAGUGCUCCUUUUUAAAUAUGGUCAUUUUUGCAUGCCUGCUCUUGACGCGGAGCUGCCUUGUGUUCUUUUCUUUUGCAUAUUCUGAUUGCUCUAUGAUGGUAUUAACCCAUUUUGCGUGCGGCUUCGAGUUUUCUUUCUGUAUUGCAAUGGAGAAAAGGUUCAAAGUUUACUUCUCAGCCUAAUAAAAAAAAAAAAGCCACAAAGUUCCCAUGCUUUGGGGAAUGUCACUUUCAUUGUCCCACUUCCUUUGGUGUGUAAAACCUCUCGUUGAAUUUUACUUUACCCCCUUCAACACAGCAGAGAAAUUGCCAUACGAAAAAAAAAACAUCUGGGAGCAAUAGUUUUUUCUUUUCUAUUGAUAUAAAUAUACUAUAUAUAUAUAAUAUACACAUGAGAUUGAACUACAUCCUUCUUCCUGUACUGUGUUACGUGAAAUGGCAGCUGUUUCAGUCAUGUGUGUUCUGCUGUAAUAUUCUACCAAGUUCCUUUCAACGAGAAAUAAAAAAGGUUUUUGCUCAGGA